AUGCAUAAUUCCAACAGGAGAAGCAUUUCGAAUAUACAAAAGAGAAAAAACGUGAAGCACAUUUUUCAAAUAAAAAAAGACAGAACUGAUCAAACUCUUUACAAACCCAUAACAUAUAGUAGCGCCAACCAUCCCAAAUCUAUGGUUAAUCCAAAUUUUCCAACUCAUGGAAAUAGACGAAAGGAAAUGAAUGAUGAAACAAUAUAUGGUUUCAGCAAUAAAGAGAUUAAGCAUAAAAUUUUAGACAAAGAAAAUAUGAUAAAGAAUAAAAUUUAUAACAACGCUAACAGUAGUUUGAAAAAGAAGAAUUAUUAUGAAAAAAUAAAUGCUACGAAUAAUGAGGAAAAGGAAUUUGUCAAGCCGAAAAACACCGUUCUGAGUGAACACGUUGGUAAAAAUUACAUGGACAAAAAGUAUGGCGACAAUAAUAAUUUGGCGAAGGAUCGAUCCAAGUUUCGAAGAAUAGGUUACUAUAAUGAGGAGAAUAGUUUAAAAGCGAAUUCUGCGUAUGACGAUGUGAAUAAUACCAUGGCUAGUAUGGGUGCUGUCCCAAGUGCGAGUGGCAGCGCACCGCGUCGCAAGUUUAACGAUUUAAAGGGAGCUCCAAGUGGAAGUGGCGGUAACAACACCGGCGAAGCUAUGAAGAAUGAAAAAGGUGGUACCGUGGAAGGGGCACAUAGUCAGAAACAAAAUGUAGAUCACUUUGGAAAGAACAAUUUAAUGUACAACAAAAGUAACAAUGAUCAUAACGCCAAUUAUAACUACUCCAAGAUGAACAGAAAUCAGAACAAGUAUGGUAAUGCCGAUUAUAGGAAUCCUCCCCAAGGGACAGUUCCGAUGGGGACAGCAGGGGUAGGCACACAAGGGGCACAACCACCACUACGAUCUCAACCCAUUUCCUACAUGGGAAGGGACAAAGUAUACCAGAAAAAUCAUAUCGAACAAGGUAGUAAUCCCAAUAUGAACAAUGUCAUGGGUAGAAAGGGUAGCUAUAAAAACGAUACACUAGGGGCAAAGGAUAAGAUUUUGAAUGAGGAAAAUUUUAUCGAAAAUAACAAAAUGAGUGAUAAUGAUGUAGAGACAGGUUUGGGACAUAACGAGUUUCAGAAGAGUAAAAAUGUUCCUAAUAGUAAGGGCGCCAUGAUGAACCCCAAAAAUGUAUCGAAAAAAGGAACAAACUAUAGUAAGCAUAAUGACGACAUGGUUGUGGAUCACGACAGAGUCAAUAAUAAUUAUGCAUUCAAACAGCAUAACCCUAAUAUGAGAAGGAACAUGUAUAGCAAUUACCCCCAGGGGUCUAAAAAUGAGAAAAAUAUGCCUCAACAUAAAUACGCGGUUGAUAAAGAUGGAAACAGAAAAAAAGAGCACCAGAAUUUUUCCCUAAGUACCAUAGACUCGAAUUAUUCCCGUCAAAAUACUUUUGAAAAAAAUUUUGGUUCUAAAUUUGUGGACCCACAUAUGAAGGAUAUGAUGGAUGACAUUAAGGAAAACCCAGCCGACUAUAGUGUCCGCUUGGAUGAGACCAAAGGAGAAGGUAAAAUGUAUUCCAAAAAUUUGUCUACAAAUAAUGAAAAGGGAAUUAAUGCAUCAGACAAAGGUGCUCCAUUGGGCGGUAAGGAGGAGGAUGAAUAUGUAGCCACAGGCGAAUACAAUGAGUGCCCACAAUUGGUAGGUGUCUCAACCACCAAUAGUUGUGUGAAUAAUAGUACAAGUGGUAAUAAGGCUAAUCAGUCAUUUAAGAAAGACGGAGGUAAUGGUCCUAAUGGGAGUGGAAAUGCCAACAUGGGGGAGAAGCAAAGAUUGUUUGAAAGGGCAGAUGUGAAUGCUCCUUCCAAAAGUUAUGAGUAUAAUACAAUCGAUUCGGGAAAAGUAUCCCCAGAGUUUGGUAAUGAUAAUACGAAUAUGAUAACAUGUGAGGGGAGAAGUGGAAAUUUGGAGAAUUCAAAUGAUGUCAUCCCUAGUAUGUCUGGGGUUAAUGCGAAUGCAGGUUAUUUGGCUAAUGCCAAUACAAUGUCUAAGGGGAAUACAGGUGCUAGUAUGCACCAUAUGAGGGAUAAGACUCUCCCGCAAAAUGUAAACGUGUAUGGUAGUACCCCCAAGUAUGAGGACGCUAAACAGGUUAGAAAACGUUCCAAUAAUAUGCAAGGGAUAUAUAAAGGAAAGAAAGCCAUGAAGUAUGAUCCUCCAAAUGAUGAAGAUUACCAUAGGUACCAUUCAUCAGAGGAUUAUAAUAAUAAUGAUAGUCAUCAUGUACAUAAUUUUUUUUACGAAAAUGUAAAUGACAACGACGAGGAAUAUAUGAGCGAAAACGCGAAUGAGGAUGUUGACUUGGAUGAAAAUGAUUACAACCCGAGAAAGGAGCAUAAUUAUGCUAACCGAAAAAUGAAUUAUAAGCACUACCCAGAGAGAAGUAUGAGGAGACUUCACCACGAUAGUAUGAUGAAUUAUCCAAAGGACAGUAAGAAAAGAGGCUCCUAUGGCACUGGAUGUACGACGUACUCGGAAGAAUAUUACCCCGACGAGGAAUGCACGCCUGAGAUUAGUUGUGCCUACGUGGAGUACCAGCAGGAUGGCUACCCCGAUGUCUGCUACUCAGACAUAGACAACCCUGAGGAUUCGCGAACUUACCACAGCAGCUAUUCGCACGAUUCUAAAAGCGAAAAAGGCGCGCUCACAAUCAUCAGACUACCAGCCGAGAACAAAAAACAAGUAAAAAAAAAAAAAAAGAGCAUAGUUAGUUAUGGAAAGUCCUUAGUCGAAAUGUAUAGUACAGCCAUCCCGAUAAACGAACAAGUAGACCCUUAUGCAUUAAAGGCACUGUCAAAGAACGAAAAUUUAAAUGAGAAAAUAUAUGCACUGAUUCCAAAGUCAGUGGUUGAGGUUAGUGAAUAUGAUGAUGUUACUCAUGUUACUUUGCAGUCCUCUUCGCCCCUUUUCGUUAAUCAAAAUGAUAAUGUCAAGCAUCACAUUAUAACCAGCACGUAUCAUCAGAAGAGCGAUGAUAUUCCUAAUAUCGCGUCCUGUGUCGUUCCGGAGUCCGACGAGUCGUUGAAAGAGUCACUGGAAAAGUCGAAAGAGUCCCUAAGUGGAGCAGAAAACGAUAAAAAUCUCAAGUCCAUAAUCAGGGGAGCGUCGCUGAGAAACAAAAGUGGAUCAUCACUGAGCGUCAAGUUUAAGUUGUCCCAAGGGAACCAAGAAAACAAAUCACAAGGAAAAAAUGAAAAUAAAAAUAAGUCACUGAAUGGGGAAGAUAAUGAAAAAGAAUUAAAUAAAAAAAUUGAAGAUCACAUUCUAUCGGAAGAAUUAAGAAAUUUAAAAAUUGACAAAAGCAUUACUGAAAAAAAGAGGGCUUCGAUAUUUGAUGAGCCAAAAACGAGACUGAGACAAGAAAAGAAAAGCGAAGCAAAUAACAAAGUCGUUUUGGAUUCAAAUAAAGUAAAAAAUGCCACAGAAAUUAAGUUAAAGAAAAUUCAACAUGUUACUGGGUUGCUCGAAAAAUAUGACAUACCGAACCCAUUUGCGAGUUACACCAUGGAGCCCAUAGAUUACUCCCAAUUGCCUGGAAAAAAUAACAGCGCAAAGUUGAUGAGCCUGGCCCACACGGUUUCAAACAAUUACUACAAGUACAUUUUAAAGAGCAUGGAAAAGGAAGAAAUUAAGGAAGUCUUUAACGAGAAGAGGAAAAAAAUGAUCCUCAAAUUGAUAGCCUUGUUAGGAAACCAAAUAAAUUCAGAAAUUAAGAAAAAAUUUGCAGAGGCCAAUGCGGCUGACAUAUCUAAGGAAAGCGAACUGAAAAAAGAAGACAAUGUGAAGCCACAAAUGAGCCCAAAGGAAAGGGAAAUAAAAGUUGAAGAACAUAAUUUGAUAUGUCAGUAUUGGGAACAACAGAGCGAAUGUAUGAGCAUGUUAAUAAAGGAGUGGAAUAAGAUUUGCGAAAUUUUAGAAUCGAUAAAAGUAGAUCCUAAUAACAUGAUUAGUUCACUGAUCUCCCUGUAUGGUGAGAAAACUGUGAGCGAUUUUCACCUGAGUGUCGACCAGAUAAAGGAAUCUAACAUUGAAUUGGAUGUGAACGUUGAUGAUAUUUCCAUUCCGAACAUUGGGGAACCCCCCGAGAAUAAAUUCGACCCAUCUGGAAUGACAGUGGCGAAGUUGAUUCAGGACAUGAAGUGGGAUGUGGACCUGGAGUUUUCACUUAACCAGAUAAGGGAACAAUGGAAAAAUGAGAAUAAGCAGAAUAAGAAGUUGAUACAGAAGAAGAUCGUCGAAGGAAUAAAACACAGAAUAGGACUCCUGGACUACCUGAACAAUGUGGAAGUGAACUUAAACGCAUUUGCCAAAAUAAUUGAAGGAAGGAUGAUAUCAAAUGAUGAUGUGAAAAGUCAGUUGAGGUCUAUGCAAGAUUUACAUGAGGAUGGAAUUUUGUCAAAACUUUUGCAAAAUUUAGAAUGUAAUAAAAUGGAUAUAAAUGCAGAAUCGUUUAGAACUCCUACGUCUUUUUUCAUUUCACAUCAUUUGCCUAUGACUAUGUGCUCACUGAGUGAUAAGUCUAAAAUGGACAACCUGGAGGGGAAUGGAAGCAGCGAUGGUGGCAACGGUAUAGAAGGAAGCGGCAGAAACAGCAGAGGAGAUGGAAGCGGUAAUGGUAGCGACAGCGGAAGCAGCAACGAUAAUGGCAAGGGUAAUGAUAACCAGGGUGAGCAUGAACAGAAUAAAGAACAUGAAAAAGACUCCGAUGAAAAUAUCAGUGAAGAGAAUCAAAGCUCCGGCGACGAGAAGGCGUGA